AUGAGGUACAAUGACAAGGAGCUGGUGUCCCUCUCCAGGCAGAGGGCGGAGAAGGCAGCUGAACUGGGCAUGAGGGCCCCCAAGAAAGGAAGCGUACUGAAGAAGCGUCUGGUGAAAUUGGUUGUGAAUUUUCUGUUUUACUUCCGGGCAGAUGAGGAAGAGCCCAUUGGAGCACUUCUUUUAGAGCACUGCAGGGUGAUGAAAGAAGAGGAGAAAUGUUUCUCAAUAUAUUUCAUGGAUGAGCCAGACCGGAAAUAUGUGUUUGAGUGCAAUAACCAAGAACAAUGUGAUGAAUGGGUACAAGCAUUAAAAAAUGCAAGCUAUGAAUUUAUGAGAAGAAGUCUUCUCUUUUAUCGCAAUGAAAUCCUGAAGAUGACUGGGAAGGACCCAUUGGAGCAGUAUGGAAUAUCUGCAGAAUCACGGUUCCAGCUUGAGCCUCCAGACAUGUAA